AUGGCAAGGCACAUGCCCUACGACGCAGUGGCACUCGGCGACAAGGAUUUUGACGAAGGCCUUGACGGCUUACUCCCGUUUAUGAAAGGCGUCGGGGCCGACGUCUUUAUAUGUACGAAUAUACGCUUUGCUGGCCUCAACCAGACCCAAAAAAACGAGUUCGAAGAGUUGUGUCCCCGGCACAGAAUCCUUACGGUAGGCCAGAAAAAAAUCGGCAUCUUCAGCUACGUCCUGCCGGACGUCACCGUAACCGGGCACACGAAAGACAUCAGAGUUGAAAAUGAGGUGAAGGCUCUAACUAGGGAGAUCCGUGUGCUCAGAAAGAAAGGCAUCAAGAUAUUCAUCGCGUUGGGUCACUCUGGCUACGAACGCGACCAGGAGGUCGCCCACAAAGUGCCCAGCCUGGACGUGGUGGUCGGAGGCCACUCACACAGCCUCCUAUGGCCAGACCCCUUCUCCGAGAGCCUGGCAGGAACGCCGGACGAUCCCUUGGACGCGGGCAUCCUAAGUGGGCCUUACCCCACCGUCGUGGUACAGCCCAGCGGGCGACGGGUCCUCGUCCUGCAGGCCUUCAAGAGUGGCAAGUACGUGGGUAACAUCAACGUCACGUUCAACAGCGAUGAUGAGGUGAAGGAGUGGUGGUCGCAGCCAGCGUUGUUGCGGAGGGUCAUGCCGGAGGACAUGGGCGUCAAGAAGACGAUGACCGACUUCCUCAGACGCCUGAAAGAUGAAGCUAAGGAGACGGUCGGCCAUUCCUUGGUGCAGCUUGUCGGGUUGAAAGAGGUUUGUCACAUGGAGGAGUGCAACCUGGGCAACAUGAUGGCCGACGCCUACCUCCGGGCGCUCCGAGUAGGUGUCAACAACAAGGGCACUUUGCUCCCCACCAUUGCGUUCGUCAAUUCCGGUUCCAUCACCACGGCGCUCCCCAUGGGAAACGUCACGCUGGCUGAGCUCGCCUCCGCCGUUCCUUACCGUAACAGCGUAGACGUCAUCACAGUCAACGGCAGUGCGGUUCUGGCCGCGCUGGAGAACAGUGUGUCGCAGGUCAAGGUGCUGCACGGCCGUUUCCUGCAAUUCGCCGGCGUGCGCGUGGAGUACAACAUGAGCAGGCCGGUGGGUAGCCGUGUGUAUUCGGUACGCCUGCUCUGCAACAAGUGUCCCAUCCCCAAAUACAAGGCAUUGAAUAAGUCAGAAGCCUACGACAUCGCCCUGUCUACCUACAUCGCCGAUGGUGGCGAUUCUUACGAGAUGUUCUUGGAGCCCCUGGACCGGCAGCGGUAUUCGCUGCUCGACAUGCAGGUCGGUCUCGUCUCCACGCUCGGGGUGCUACCGUUCUGCGGCGGCAGCCUCAUCUCGGACCGGUGGGUGCUGACGGCCGCCCACUGCGUGGCCGAGCGGCGCCCAGCGCGCACCCAGGUUGUCCUGCGCGCGCGCUCCCCGAUCAGCCUGCGCGCUCUCCGCCUGCCGGUCGCCAGCAUCACCGUUCAUCCGAGCUUCGCCGCCGACACGUACAGCCACGACGUGGCGCUGGUCGAGCUGCUGGGAGUCCGCCGGCGGCCGUGCUACAGAAGGUGA